GGCCCUCAGGCCUUCUGCUCCAGUCGGGCCUCCAUCUUGAGAGACGGUGGUCUCCUCACACUGAAACCCCCAGUUGUGUUUGGGACUGUGAAGCCGCUCACAAAGGUGAAUGAUGUCUAACAAGGCCAGCAGGAUUGAGUCCAUAAAUACAAGAACAUCGAAAAAGGAUAGUUCAUGGAUUAAAAAAAUCUUCAACUACAGAUGCUAUAUCACCUUCCUUACUGGCUGCUACAGUUGCCACUGGAAAUUCAGACAGUGGGAAGAAACUAAACUUGGAUCGUGUUGCUGUCCUCGGAAAGAGCAAGUCUUUUUUGUAUUCCUGGUCAUUUCGUUUAUCCUAUCUGUGAUUUUGCUGUUUAUGUGGAUUGAAAUGUCAAAUGAAUACUUUGGCUUUGACUGGGUCCUUUUUCUGGGAACAGGAUUCUGGGUCUUUGGUUCCAUAAUUUUUCUGAGCAUACUUGGGACCCUGACUGCCUAUACUACAUUACUUUUGAUAGUUGGGGUUUUGUUGCUUCGGGAAAGAAUUGAACUCUACCUGCACAAGUGUCAUAAGGUCCUGAUUGUGCUGGUGGUUUUGUUCCACAUCUUUUUUAUGUUUAUGUUGUUUGUGUAUUGGAAUGAUAAAUGGCUGACGUUUGGGCUGUCACUGCAGAUCUUUUCUCCCUACAUACACCUGGGCAGCAUAACUGUGAUGGUGCUGCUUUCCUGGCCUUUGACCUGCUAUAUUUCCCGUUUGGAAAGAGAAGUUAGAGUAAGAAGAUACAAGAUGGCAUAUAAUGACAAAGAAAGACUCAAGAAAUGUAACAUAUUCACAAGGUUAAGAGCUCUACAAUUGGCUACUGGAUUGCCUUUUCUUCUUAUCCUCAUAUGUCUUUAUUUGAUGCCCCUGGGGAUUUAUUCUCCCUGCAUUCAGAAAAAAGAGGAUUUGGCACCAAAACCAGUCUUCUUUGCACAUAGAGGAGCACCCAUGCAUGGACCAGAGAAUACCAUGAUGGCCUUUGAGAAAGCUGUUGAAUUUGGGGCUUAUGGGCUGGAGACUGAUGUACAUAUAAGUAUAGAUCAUGUGCCUUUCCUCAUGCAUGACUAUGACUUGAGAAGAACAACUAAUAUCAGAGAAGUCCUGCCAGAAGCAGCGUUGCAACAUCCUUCCCUCUUCAAUUGGACAUUCCUGUCAACUCUGAAUGCAGGCAAAUGGUUUCUACAGUCAGGGCGCAAGCCAUUUUACAAUAUGAAACCUCUGUCAGAGGCUGAUAAAAACAGAGCAAGAAAUCAGUCAAUUCCAAAACUAGAUGAUUUGUUGGAACUUGCAAAGAAGGCAAAUGUGUUUUUGAUAUUUGAUCUUUAUGGCCCUCCAGCGACACAUCCUCUCACGACUUCGUUUGUCAAGCAUGUAACAGAUCUGAUCCUCAACUCUAACAUUGAGCCACAUCUGAUUUACUGGUUGUCAACUCAUGACAGACAGUAUGUCAGGAAGAAGGCACCUGGUUUUCAAAUGGUGGGCCGGUUAUAUACCACUAAAGAACUUAAAAAAGAAAAUAUCAGUACAAUAAAUGUUGACUACAAGAAUUUGUUCUAUAGAGGUUUCAGAGAUUAUAAGGCAGCUAAUAUCAACAUCAACCUAUACUUGGUCAAUGAGCCUUGGCUCUUCUCAUUGGCCUGGUGCUCCAGGAUUGACUCGGUGACCACAGACAACAUCCCGCUCCUGAGUCAGCUUGAUUCUCCUCACUUCUUCAUGACACCAAGGUACUACAUAUUCAUGUGGUUUCUCAUGGACAUUAUUUCUGCAACUUUCAUCAUUGCCAUAUUUUGUUUUCAGUGGCGGAGAGAGAUGAAAAAAGCAAAAUUGAAUGAAAGUGUUAGCACUCAAACAGAUAGUAUAAGCCUCUCAAAGGAAAAAAGUGGGAGUCAAGAAGCUUCAGGCUUAUCUGUAAAACCUCCUGCAAGAGUUAUGGAAAGCCCCUGGACUCUAUCAGCCCUCAAACCAGCUUUAACCAAGGAUGUAUAUAACCACCCACACAUUUUGCAUUUUUUGUUAGCCCCCAAGAAGAAACUGGGGCCUGUCAAGAAUACUGUCACUCCACUAAAGCCCGCCGAACCUCAUGUUAAAUCAUUGGUACCCCAGCAGGUCUCUGAACACAGCCAGGCAUCCACUCGGGAGGCCACCAGCAGUACUGCCCUCCAAACUACACUGCACGCAUUGAAGGUUGAUGAACCAAUGCCCCCUGUAGAGGUUCCCAUGACUGAAUCCUUCCAUGAACUCUUUACAAAACUAUAUUCUAACCCAUCCAAUAUGUCCUUCACCUCUGAGAUGUUGUCAAAGAAGAAUUAA